AUGGGCUCGAUCGCCGAUCCCGGCGGCGAAUUCAGCGAGGUGGAUCCGCCGCCGAGCUUCGACGAGUUCCAGAGGCAGACUUCUCUGAUGACGAGCUGUACUCUGCUAUGGAAAGAGCUCUCAGAUCACUUCUCCUCCAUCGAGCAGGACCUUCAGAAGAAGUCAGAGGCUCUGAGACACAAGUUGAGGACUCUGGAUUCUCAGACCAAGGAAUCACUCCAAAUCCUCGAGAAGCGCGAGCUUACGAUAGACGGCUCCAUCUCGAUCGCCCUCGAGAAGGUCCAGGAACGCAAGGAGGCCGCUCUCGUCUCUCUCCGAGGGAAAAACGAUGCAGUCGGAGGCGGUGAGGUGGAUGACAACGAGGGAUUAUUGUUUAAGCUGCGAUCGUAUUGCACGAGGAUGGACGCAGAGGGAUUCUGGAGGUUCGUGUCGAGUAGGAAGAAGGAACUGGAGUUGAUGAGGGCUCAAAUGCCGGCAGCGCUGGGUGAUUGCGUGGAUCCAGCGAGGUUCGUGCUGGAGGCGAUGUCUGAGGUGUUUCCAGUGGAUAAGAGGGAGAAAAGUGAGAGGGUGAAUGAUUUGGGUUGGGCCUGUGUUUUGAUGCUGGAGUCCUUGAUUCCGGUGCUGGUCGAUCCAGUUUUGGGGAAUUCGCGGUUUCUGGUGACGCCAAGAAUGAAGGACCAGGCUAAGGACAUUGCGGAGACGUGGAAGGCGAGUUUGGACGAGCGGGGCGGGAUUGAAAACGUGAAAACGCCAGACGUGCAUACUUUCUUACAGCAUCUAGUAACUUUUGGGAUUGUUAAGGAGGAGGAUGUAGAUUUGUACAGGAAGCUUGUAGUUGGUUCUGCCUGGCGAAAACAAAUGCCGAAGCUUGCAGUGUCACUGGGAUUGUUUGACAAAAUGCCUGGAACUAGUUCCUUAGUUGCAGACAGUAGGUAA